AUGCGCGCACCUGGCGCCGCCGCCGCCGCCGCCGACACCUGGGCUGGCGUCCAGUCCCCAGGAGAGUUAAUCAUGCAAGAAUUUGUCUCUUUCUCUCAAAAACUGGAAGCAGACGAAAUGACGCUCUUUGAGGAGCUGAUCAACGCCAAAGAUCAUGACCGCUUCGCACUGGAUUUACUGCCGAAUCUCACGACUGGGAUGAAAACGAGAAACAGAGGAUAUGCCUUUACGUUGAAAUGGCCUCAGCAGCCUCAUCGAAGUCUCUAAACACCGUGGUCUUACGCAGAGCAAAAUGCAGAUGAAAUGGGCAGUCAACGUGAGAAGUCCGUCUCCCUCGGGUGUGUGUGGGAGUAGUUAGCAGACGGUCUCACUAAUCCAGAAUACAGCUCACAAAACGGAUACGGACCACGUGAUAGGCCAUCAGACAGCAAGUAAAGGGAGUCCAGGACAGGGUCGCAAGUUCAUUUUUGCUUUUUCGUGGCUGAUAUUGUGGUGGUGGUGGUGGUGGUGGUGGUGGUGGUGGUGGUGGUGGUGGUGUUUAGAUAAGACCUUCCAGGCUUUAUGCGCAUCGCAAAUCUUUAAUAGUAUGAGGUUGUGGUGGUGACGAUAACAGUAAUAAUAAUAAUAAUGAAAAUAAUAAUAAUGGUGGUAGUAGUCGUUGUCGUCAUCGUCGUUUCGGCUGCAAUCUGCUACGCAACUUGAAGUGUGUUGUCUCAUCGUCCAAGAGAAACAGCUCUUUUUAGGGGGAUUAUAGUCGUAUGUGCUGUUAAGGCAGACCUCGUGCAAGCCAUGACUCCGUGAGUUUUUGAAAUCCAAAUUCCCCCCCCCCCUCUUCCUUAAUCAGAUGCAUUAAGAUACGAUAAUAACAGAAAGACGUGAACAAACUGUUGCUUCCUUUUCUAUCGUUUGUGGCAUAUAUGUAAAUAAGUAGAAUGUACGACCACGCCUGGCUACGUAGCCUAUUCUGUGUGAAUCGUAAAGAGACCAAAAUUUGCAUCACCCCGGCCAGCUGGGACGGGGGAGGGGUGUGUUCAAAGGGCUUCAUGCCCUUAAGGAAACCUGGACGUUGAAGUCCCCCGGCAGAAUUUACACAUCUCCGCAUGUCAUUCGCGUCGGCACAACGAAUGGGUCAGAGGAGCGAACAUGGCUGCUGCAAUGAAUCACCCUCGAGUGACAGUACAAAGAGGAAGGAGACCUGGAGUGCACAUGUAGACUUGGUUCACCAAUGACCCCGUUCAAAGUAAUUAAUCAUUAUAAUAGGCACCUGGACCCCAGGAGAGGGUGGUUGAAGCACAAUUCUUGAAUAGACGCGCAGGUGUACCGAAAUGGAUGAGGUAGAGAGUAAGCAGGGGGACAGCCGAUGAUGAUGAGAGAAGAGGGGGGGGUGAGAAAGGUGGAGGGAGGAAGAGGGAUGGAAUAUGGUAGGGGGAGCCGAGGAUGGGGUGGGGGUGGAGAGGAAGAGGGGGGAGGGAGUAAGGGGGAGAAGGAGGAAGAGGAGGUGGCGGGUGGAAUAAAAUAAGAGGAAUGACGGGAAACAGCAUCAAAAAAGAAUACAAAUAAAGGAGAGGAUGAUGAUGAUGAUGAUGGUGGUGGUGGUGGUGAUGAUGAUGAUGAUGAUGAUGAUGAUGAUGAUGAUGAUGAUGAUGAUGAUGAUGAUGAUGAUGAUGAUGAUGAUGAUGAUGAUGAUGAUGAUGAUGAUGAUGAUGAUGAUGAUGAUGAUGAUGAUGAUGAAGAGGACGAUUUUAAGGAGCGGAGUGAGAGAGAAGAAGUAGGAGUAAAAAAUGGAGAGGACUACAAGUGUUUGCUCCCCUGUCUUUCAGUUCACGGUUGA